CACCAGGACUCUUCGCCGUGCCGGAUCGAACAACGGAUCAAGGCAUGCAAUUGCAGCCUCGCAGUGCCAGAAUCAGGCAGGUACUCCGCUGCUACGCGCCGCACACUUUGCGCGACCACUCUCCUGCAUAGAAUCUAAACCAAUCACCAGAUUGACGAGCCCUCGUGUAUAUAGAGGCCCCGGGUUCUGCCCGCCUUCCUCCUGUCCUGCAACGCUGCAAAGCUUCGUAGCAAGCUAGCUGCUUCCAAGUUCCAACUAACCAGAUGAUCAUCCAGUCACCCAACCUCUAUUGAUCCGCUGCUGAUCUGUCACACGGCCGUGAGCCGCCCUGUUGAUCAGUCACACCACUCGAUCCAAGAAAGAUGCCUCCUCUUGCGCCGCCGGCGGAUCAGAAGGCCGGGCCACGGCAGCGGCACGCGGAGAAGGCGGCAGGGGUAGUGCUUCGUGAGGCGCUCACGCAGCGGUCAGCGUCGUUCCACGGCCGCGGCGUGGCCGAGGAGCAGCAGCGCGACCACCUUCUGAGGCAGAGGCCCCGGACGCAUACGGACCUGCUCGCGGGCAUCAGGGGGCAGGGCAUCCGGCAAGCCGGAGGCGACGCUGCUGCCCCAUGGGCCGCCGGCAGGAGGGCCGCGCCGAGCAAGGUGCUGGUGACCGUGACCGUACAGCAGAGCAUGUGGCCGCUGCACGUCAUGGCGUGCACCCAGUGGCGCGUUGCCGACCUUGUCACUGCGGCGGUGGAGCUGUACGUCAGGGAAGGACGUCGGCCGCUGCUGCCGUCCGCCGAGCCGUCGGCCUUCGGGCUUCAUUACUCCCAGUUCAGCUUGCAGAGUUUGGACCCAGAAGAGACGCUGAUGGAGCUGGGGAGCAGGAGCUUCUUCCUCUGCCCCAAGGCUGCAGCAGUUGCUGCUUCCUCUACUUGUUCAUCAACUGAAGCCAGCAAGGCCACAACCACAUCUACCAACAAGCCAAAGAUGACAGUACCAUGGCUUGGGUUCAUGAAGUUCUGGUCGCUGCUGUAGUGCAGUGUAAAAACAGAUAGCAGACGACAACACUUGUUAUCUCGUAGGUUGUACAUUUGUGCUUGAUCAGCUUACAAAACUCGGGUUUUCUGUCGAGCAAAUGAUCGAGCGUAUAAUUACCUUCAUUUCUACCCAUGGAUUUUCAAUGAUUGCUGGAUGCAAAUGUCAGUACGGCCUUCUGUUUCAGGAAUCCAUUUCUUUUUUCCUAAGAAUUUUACUUCACUUUCAAUUAGUCAUCCGCUCCUGAUCCUACUAGUAUUAGAAUAGCCUCUUGCAACUGUACUGACAUUUAAAAGCAACUGGAAAGAAUUAUUGAGGUUAAAUAGAUUAUCUUGGUAGAACAUGUCAUUUUCCAUGUUCCUUUCA